CCACCGCCAGCAAAAUGGGUAGCCUCGCAACCAGCAACAACACCGACCUCUUUCUCGACCUCGUCAAGGCCCGCCGCACCUUCUACCCACUGAACAAGAAGCUCACCAUCCCCACCUCUCGGAUUGAGACCAUCGUCUCCGAGGCGCUACAGCACGUACCUUCGUCGUUCAACUCGCAGUCCAACCGGGCCGUCAUCCUCUUCGGUGCCGAGCAUGACAAGCUUUGGGACAUCACCAGGGACAUCCUGAAAGCCAUCGUGCCCGUGGAGCAAUGGCAGUCUACGGCCGACAAGAUGGCCAUGUUCAAGGCCGGCGCCGGCACGAUCCUCUUCUUUGAGGACGAGGUCCCCAUCAAGGAGCUGCAGAAGAACUGGCCGGCUUAUGCAGACAAGUUUCCAACCUUCGCUGCACACAGCACCGGCAUGCUGCAGUUUGCCGUGUGGACUGCCCUCGAGUCCGAGGGGCUCGGCGCCAACCUGCAGCACUACAGCCCGCUGAUUGAUGCCAGGGUUGCCGAAGAGUGGAAGAUCCCCUCUACCUGGCAGUUGACGGCUCAGAUGGUCUUUGGCGGGAGGAGUGUCCCCGACGCAGGCGAGAAGAAGUUUGGCCCGCUGGAGGAGAAGUUCAAGGUCUUCGGUGCUUGAGUGGAGGCGCUCAAGGAGGAGUUCGGGUUAGCAUUGCCGGGAGUUGAGCAUUCCGUUGAAGUCUGUUUUUGCAUUUGAUAUCCCAACGCUGGUCAUAGAGCAGUCCUCUUAUCACUAGAUCAGAUUCUGAAACCCGUCCCUGAAAACUUCCUGGUCGUUAAACUCCUUUGUUUUCGGUAUCCCAGCCACAACUACAAGAUUGAUUGCCACU